AUGUCUAUUAUCCAAUAUGCACUCGUCUUGGUUUUAUUUGUCCUUGUUCUACGUUUGAUUCGCUGGAUCGUAGCGUUGCGUUUCCAUUUGCAGUUUCGUCGCGUUGGUUUCUUCUCCAUCACCGGCAUUCGAUAUCAUCAACCAAGCAACAUUGACAACACCAACGCAUGGUCGAUUGCUGUUGGCAAAAUCAAGACACGUCUUAAACGCCCGGCAUGCGCCACAUCCACAGCUUGGAUAACCAUUCAUCUUUCCGACAUUGAGCUAUCGUUGAGCGAUCUAGGUGCAUUGCGAGCAGCAGGACAAAAAGGACGAGGAGGACUACAACAGACGCCUAGCAACAGUUUCAAUCGUCGACUAUCGAGUGUUGGGGAUCAGAUUGGAAGGAUACCAUGGUGGUAUUCGAUAUCGUUGGUGAAGCAUGUGUUAAAGUUCAUGUCUGCACUUCCAGCACAAUUGAUGAUGGCAGGAUUAGCCAACUAUGUGGAUGUACGAAUCGAUCGAUUACGAGUAUCAUUGGAUCAUGUGGGCGUCUUGGAGAUGGAACGCCUCGAUUUCAGUUCAAUCAUGUUUGCUGCUGUUUCAAGAGUGCCUUUGCAUCGGCCAUCAAGGAUAACACCAACAACAUGGAUGGAUGCCGUACAACACCAUUUCACAUCCGACUCUGACAACAAUAGCAGUAGCAGCAGUAGCAAUCAUCAUCAUUUCCAUGCCAGACGACAACGCCAUUCACUUAAACGAGCCGAGCAUCUCUUCAAGGAGAAGUUUUUCGAGAUCACAGUCCAAAUGGGCCACGUGGGUUUCCAUCCAGCAAAUGGAACGACGACCAACGACAUUUUAAGUCUGCCGAAGGGAAGCCGAGUUGCCAUCUCAUGCCACUUGUCAGCAGGUUGCGUCACACUUAAAGAUGUGGAUGUGAAUAUGCAUGUUGAUGCUAUCCAGCUACGACUGGAUCAGGUUUCUCGUAUCACACAAGCCAUUCAAUCGAUUCGUCAACAAGCAAAACCAUCACGGCAACAACAACAACGUCGUCAAGGAGGAGGAGGAGGUAGUGGUGGUGGCAACAAACUCACACGACUUGUACGCAACAUGACAAUCACCAUAUCAGACACAGCAUUUACAUAUGAAACGCCACUCGGCUUGUAUUCAUCUAUUCGAUUACAUACAUUUAUGAUAUCGGCAACAGUCGCAACGAUGGUUGUUCAGGGUAGUGUGGAACACAUUAAAUGGUCCGUUUUCAACGACAAGCCUGAAUCAGCUACUGAAUACAUUGAACCUCUCAAGAUACCCCGCACUCGAAUUUCAAUGGCUAUGGUGAAUGGUCCAUUAGUGAGCAAUAUACCAGCAACCAUACCCGAAGAUGGCGAGCAGCUCACUACUACCACCACCACAACAACAGCACCAUCUUCGAUGCUCAGGAACAUGGCAUUGGAUCAAUUGGUAGGCAACAAAAAGGGCAACAAUACCAAUGCAGCACGACGACGACGACAUGUGGAAGCGAAUGUUUCUUUCAAGGAGCCUAAGUUGACUGUGGAUAUGGACAAGAUUGGACUAUUGCGCGCCUUCCUCAGUGAUCACAAGACAUCAUCAUCAUCAUCAACAGAAGACACGAGACAUGAGAAGAAGGGCACAUGGAUUCACAAAGAAAAACAAUUUGACAACUUGCCCAAUGUUUCAUUAUCAAUACAACUGGAGCGGCCCUUGUUGGACUUUCGUCAUUCAAAGGAUGGUGGUCAUGGACUUGUUAGCUGCGUGGAUGUGACAUUGGAGGUAUCCGGUGGUUAUGUUCCAUUGACAAAAUCAGUAACGUCACCACCGAUAUCUCCUCUUUGUGAAGAAUUUGGCGUACGUAAGCGGCGACAACCCAAGCCAUGGAGCAAGUUAUUCAGAAAGAGUUGGAAACCGGAGCCUGAGGAAAUAGCAGCAACAGCAACAGUGGAUGAAUGGAUGUACCAUGCGAGAGCAGGGAUCAAGAUUGAGCAUUUAGCAGUACGUUGGGCACGUAGCUUGAAUGCUGUUGCCAAGGAGCCAGCCUUGGUGACGGUUGAGCGUGGUGAAUUGGGUGCACGUGUACAAAUGGCAGCAAAUGUAACGAAGGAUGAUGAUUCAAAAGUGACAUGGGCAUGGGAGAAGCAGCACAACCAAGUCGAAUUUUCGGUCCGUGCACCUGUGUUACAUUUCGGCAUACACAAACAGCGCGACCUUGCAUUUUGGAUCAAUCAAAUUCUCAAUUCACUCAAAUCACCCAAAAUACAGCCACAACAACAACCACGACAUACACCACCUAUGGAUCCAAGGAUAUUGAAGCACAUCAAAGUAUCAGUAUUGGUAGCUGAUCUUGCAAUCAUCUUGGUCAGCGUGGAUAAGGGAAUCAAAGGUCAACGUCCUGUACCGGAUCAGCACAUGGAUAACGCACCAGAGCACGAUAUCGAUUCGCAAAUGACGGUGGGAUUUGAAUCACUUUCUUUGGGAUUCAGUGGAACAGGUGUUGCCCGCCAGCAUCGAUUAUCCGUCUCAUCCGAAGAUUCGCAAGAGUCAUCUACUCAUAAUCGCUAUGGCAUGGUGCGUGGUUCGAUCCAAAGCUUUACGGUGCGAAGCGGCUUCAGUCCAAGCGAAGAUCACGAUUAUCAUGGCGAUCAUUUGCUCUUUUGGAGUUCUCGUGUGAGCUUAUCAGCUGAUUUAUUUAUGGAUGAGACAUGUGCAGCUGUCUUGUCACCGGCAAUGGUUGUCAAAAAGUGCGGCUUUCAGUAUUCGAUUCGUGAGCAUUAUGCAAUCAUCUUGGCAUUAUACGACUUUAUGGAUUUGAAACGACACGUUUUUUCGACAACACAACAAAAGACAACAACACCGGGAAGACGCCCUAGGGUCAAGGUGGAAAAGGCCCAGUUGCAGAUCAAUCGAGGAGACGUUGCUCUUUCAUUACCCAACAAGACCAAGUUGUAUUGGCGUAUGGAUGGUCUACGUACAGAGAUCAAAAUGCAUGGCAAUGAUGAUGAUGAUGAGGAGGAGGAUCGACAACAGCAGCAGCAGCAGCAGCCUACGCUCAGCAUUCGUAACAUUACACUUUAUGGUGAAACGCCCAAGCAAAAAGGCAAGUGGGAUCAAUUAUUGGAGCUGGACAAUGUUUCUUUUGAGCUCAUCAAGUCGAGGGAUAAGAAAACAUUCCAAUUUGUCAUGUCCAAAUUGAUGCUACGUGUCCCCUAUCAAUAUGUGGUUGCCAAUGUGGUCGACAAUACGGUCAGCUUUAUCAAGGCUCUCAAAGCCAUGCAUGGACGAUUCUCCAAUACCAAGCCAUUCACCUACCUUGGGCCUUCAUUGUCACCUGGUCCACGUGCACUGCCAACCAUUAUCUUAAAGUGUGAUGCGUUUCGAUUGCAUUUUGAUGAUGAUCCUUUCGAGAUACGACUACGCAUGAUUUGGCGUACCGGAUUGGCUGAGCAGCAAUCAAGGCUUGCUUUGCAGGAAGCGUUUCAAGCCAAGGCACAGACGAUCAUGCAGGAGGCAUCAUCACCCAAAGAUACCGCCAACAUGAACACCGCCGCCACCGCCACCGCCACCGCCAACAACGCACCUAGUAGCGGACGUCGAGCUAUGGACAAUGAGCAAGCACGUAGCAAGUUUUUGGGCAGUGGAAUGAAAAAGAGUGGAUCAAGUUCUGGACGUGACGAUGAUGCAGCUAGCAGCACAGCUACGGAUGAUGACAAUGAUUCUGCCAAUGUGCGUGUGAAAGAAGCAUGGCAUGGGUUGCAAGAGAUUCAUUCCAAUUCCUGGAUCAAACAUAUCAAUGAGGCUAUGCAUAAGGAGGAAUCAGAGCACGAGUCCAUUCGCUUAUCCGAUUAUCGACAUGCUUGUAUGAUGGGUGGAUUGGAUGAUUUGUACGAUGAACAACAGCAUGAUGAGGAAUCCAUCGCCAGCCUAUUUUGUAUCCAGACCAUGCCUAUUCCACCGCAUCCACCCUUAUUUGAUUUCACCAUCAUGAACAUGUCUUUUACCAUGAGGCAGCCUGAUUUCCCAUUGGAUGAGACGCGUCAAUUUGUGCAUGAAAACGGCAAAGGCAUUCCUAUUGAUACAAAGUUUUCCACACUGGUUCCCUUCCAUUUGGAUUGGUGUGCGGGUGAGACAUGGGCCCAAAUUCGCGAUUAUCCAUUGCCGGUCUUGUUGGUACCACCUCCUACAGGCCAUUGUGAAGUUGUUGGCGAUGAGCAACCUCCCGUAUCAUGGUCAUUGUCGGGUGACUACGUGUUGGGUGAUGAGCUAGGCCAUUUGGAUGCUACACGACGCAUUAAUAUACCCAUUGUUGUUGCCGAGGAUACCCUUUCCUAUUCCAUGGAUAUUGCACGCACCAGCACACCAGCCAAAUUUUAUUCGAUUGUCAACAUUGAUGUGCACACCCAAGACAUGUCAAGCAUUUCAUGGUCGGUGCCAUAUCAACCUGCCAUCCAAGAUGUGUCAAGAGUGCUUGAUUCGUUCACACGACCUCCUGUGGAUCCAUCACCCAAAGUCGGUUUUUGGGACAAGAUUCGAUUACUCAUCCACACACGUGCCAAGAUCUCUUUUGUUGGUGGUGGUGACUUUGCGUUCUUAAUGAAGGGUACACGUGAUCCCUAUGAUACCAGUGAACGUGGUUAUGGCCUAGCCAAGGUGUGGAGCAAUGAUGUGGCAUGGUUGAUCAAUCACGACAAUCCUGAUCGCGAGGUGUUACAAAUUAUCAGUCGAGAUUAUGCAUUUGGCGUGCCUGAUUUGGAUUAUGGCGGUUACACAGCGACCUAUAUUUUGCCGGGUAUCAAUGCCAAAGAUGAUCAGCAACAAAAUCAUGAUACGCACGACAAGAAUGCAUGUGCACCCAAGCGAACGAGGACAUUGACAUCAUUGCUUAAUGCUACGCGAUCGGAUCCGAGAUUUGUCAAAGUGGCGCUCAAGCUUUCGGAUGGCAUUCGUAUGGGUAUUGGAUUUCAUCUUGAAAGGAUGUGUGGUUGGGGAUGCGAGAAUUGCAAAGAUGGUGGAUCAACUCGACGUAUCUCUAUCAACCCACGUCUCGACACGACUCGAUGCCGCUUUUUGCAUUUCAAGCCCCAUUAUGGAGUCCGUUUCAAGACACCACAAGCAGUGAAAGCAUUACCCGAUCAUGGCGAGGGCUAUGAUGCAUACGAAGGAUUUCGAUCACACUUUAUUCACAUUUCGAUCAGCAUCAUCAAGUUAUCAUCUGAAAAGAAUGAAAAGAUCGACAUCUCCACGGCCAAUCUCAAUUCGAUGCAUCUCUCACCAGGCUUUAUGGAUCAUUUUGUCACGUGGUUCCGAUUAUUUGGCGGUGCUAUGGGCUAUCCAAUGCGUAAUGGUCCACUCUUUCCACGCAGCGACCCACGGCCCACCAAAAAGUUUGGCAAGCAUAUGACGAGUAUGAAGUACAAGGUGAUGCUUCAUCCAUUGGUGAUUGGAUACUUUUACAAGGAUGAAUUUACGAGCGAUGAUAACAAGCAUGUUGAAGAGACGGGUGAUUCUGUUGGACUCAAAGGUGUCGUGGCUGGCUUCGAUGUGGACAUUCAUCAGCGACGUGAGAUUAUUGAUGUGACCAACCACAAACUUGACAGCAAAAGACUCAAGGCCAACUGGCCAGUGCAUGAAGCGGAGAUUCAUUUGAAGAGCAUUGAUCUACGUGCCGUCAGGGCAAGAUUUACUGGGACUUCUGCUACUACUACUACUACUACUACAGCUACGAAUGGUCCUGGAAGUAUCAACAGUGGUAGUGGUGGUGGAGGUGAUGCCGGCACCAUUGGAAGUAGUGCACCACCCUCUAUCAACAUCACGCAUCGUUCAAGCGAUUCCAUGAGCGACAGCAGCGUGGAUCCAGAUCUCAUGGACGGAUUGGAUAAGCGAGCCAAUGAGGACAAUGAGCCAUCCGAUUGGGCUGAUCCUGAUGACUAUAUCGAAUUGCGAGUGACGGCUCCUACGACCCAACCCACUGUACAAGUCCUUCCUUUUGUCUAUUCGCCACUCGUGUACUAUCUCAAGCAAACCAAUCGUGGUGGUCGUGACAAGUAUCGCUAUCUGAGAGAUACACAUAAUUGCAUUGUGGAUACGGCUGGUGAUACACGUGAAAUCCAGAUGGAGCUUUUGAAGCAACGUAGUCAAGACAUUGAUGUACAAAUCCGCAAACAUCAGGCUCGUCUCCAUGUGGUUGAGAGCAAGUAUUCCGAGACCGACGAUGAAAGGUUCUUGGUAGAGUCACAAUCCAUUGUGGAGAAGACUGAGGUGUUAUUUGAAAAGCGCAAUCAGCUACAGCGUUAUCUUAAGCAACUCUCGACACAAACGAUGCCGAAUGUCUCUGAUACCAGCAGCACGUCUGACAACAGCACCACCUAUUCCACAUCAACCGUAUUUUGCAAGGAUUCAGUUGCCCGAUGGGAGGAAUUGAUGGGUUAUUUCAAGCAACGCUGUAUUGUCCACAAUCCACAAAUCAUUUGGAACAACUCAGUCCGCAACAUCAUCUAUCAUUUCCUCGAUCUUCAAGCGCAUCGACGUGCAUUGACGUAUUAUGGCUCUAUGCGUGCUGUCAAGUUUUUGAGAGAUCUCACUGAAGCAACACAAAAGCAGCGAAGAUGGAAACCUGAUACGGUUGUGGUGGAUGAUGAUGGCGAUGGCAACGGCGGAAGUAUGCCACAUGAGCUAUUGGAGAAGCUUCUUUCCGAACAAUACACCAAGCUUGUGGCAACCAAUGAGACCGAGGAUGGCACCGAUACAGGUCGUGCACCCGACAAUGAUAUGCCUGCAUCAGGUGGCAGUAUUGAUGUGAAUGAUCCAGUCUAUCAAAAGAACAGUGUCCCUGAAGGAUACAGCAUCAAGAGCAGUUAUUUGGUGGAUCUUAUUCAUCCUCAAGUCAGCUUGCAGAGCGAUCGUGAUCCCGAUAGCUUGGUGCUCAUGUCCAACGAGCGUAUGCAAGUGAAAGGAUUUGCUAUCACCGAUGUCAAUGACCCUGAUGAGGAAAUGGAUCUUGUAAAGGACCGUACGAUUGUCAGCGUGGAGAAUUCACAAUUCUUUGUGGCGAAAAAGGAACGAUUUGACAGCGUGGAUCUACUUCUUGACAACCAUUAUGGUGCUAAGCAAAGCGAUCGAUGGCUAGCAUGGAUUCCACCAGAGAUGUUGAUUGAUUAUGUCAAGCGCACGGACAAAUUCCAGCGAGUCGGUUUUCGAUUGGCAGCUUCGAUCCAAUACGACAAGUAUAAUCAGCUUCGAUUCAAGACGCAUCCAACAUCCUUUGCAAGAAUUCAUCCAUUUGAAGAUCGUUGUGAUUCAGUGCAUCUCAGCUUCCCCGAAUUGACAUUGACAGUCAACUCGCAGCAGUACAAUGCUAUUUACGAGGUGGUGACGGAUUUAUUGUUGUACAAGGAACCAGCCAAGAAAGAACGCCUUGAUCGAUUGCGUGAAAUUAUGAUGGCAGCGGAUCGCAAUAGCCUACACGAGACAACAGAGCGUAUUGCAAGACAUCAAGAUCACGUGCGUCAACUUGUUUACAUGUACACCCAAUAUCGACAACGUCUACCGCAUCUUGAUCAAGGACGUAUUGAAGAAUUUCGAUCCAUUCGAGCGGCUAUGCGUGAACAAAUGGAAGAGUUGUAUUUGGGUAUGGAGGCUAUCAAGCUUACACAACAACGCAGCCAACGUGGCAAGAAUUAUCAUGAGCCCAAGACGAAUCUCAAGUUUGUGUUUUCUGCCGAGAAGAUUGUAUGGAAGAUGAUGCUUGAUCAGGACAAGCCAUUAUGCGAGUGGAAUCUUACCAACACCAUGUACAUGCUUAUCAACCGAGAAGAUCGUUCCAGCAGCAAUACGGUGGAAGUCGAAAUGUUGCAUAUCAAGAAUACCACGUCAUCUCCAGUGUUUACUGAUGUGAUUGCACCGUACUAUGGAAACAACAAAAAGGCACCUGAUUUCUCACGCAACAAGAUGCUUCGUGGCUAUCUCGCUGAUUUGCCACCCGUUGGUGGUAUUCCCGUGAUACAACAUUUGGAGAUCAACUUGUGUCCAUUGAGGUUGCAAAUCACCUAUGAACUUGGCAAGGCGUUGGCAUCUUUCUUAUUCCCAGUCGAACGACGCAAAUCAGCAGGCAAUACCACAUCCAACAGCAAUGACAAGUCGCCUGUGUCUCCUGUGACAGCAGCGGCGGCAACGGCUCUUGAGAAUGAAUCAGGCAUGCAGGUUUCAGCUUCCACCGGUGACAUGUUUUUGGCAGCUUCAGGCUUGGAAGAUUUCCAACAAAGUGCACCCGCUUUACUUGAGAAUAACAACAACAACGGCAAUGCUAGUACAGCUGCAAGCGAGUCGACCUCUGCACCAACAUCCAUGAAAAAGGGUCUCAAGCAAGCCAAGCGUAAACGAGCAAAAAAGGCAGCAGUGGAUGAUUUAUCGGUCAUGAAGAAGCGUGCAUCUAGCAACAGAGCCUUUUUGCUAGUCAAGAUCCCAGGCACUCGACAUUGCUUGAGUUAUCAGGGUCCCAAAGAGAAGAACAUUGAGGAUUUACGUGAUUUUACUUUCCAGCAGCCUACUCUUGAAUACAGCAAUGAGACGUGGUCAUGGUAUGAGUUGCUUGCCACCGUUAAAAGAGAUUUCAUGCGAGCUGCAUUGUUACACAACAGCACAGCCUUGUUGAAAGAAAAGCUCACGAUUCGCCGACAUCAUACAAAAGAACAACCACCUCACAAGAUGACUGAAUCGGGUAUCUCGACGCAGAGUACACCUUCCGAUAUGUUUGGGGAUGCCGAUACACGUAUCUAUGGCGACAGUGAUAAUGAGUCAAGUGAUAGCACGCAGGAUGAAUUGGAAGAAGGUGAAUUGGAUCAUGAUGCUAUAUCGCUUCGGUCAGUGAGUUUGUAUGAUCAAGAUGCAGCCGAGUCAACAACAGCACCCUCCACAUCAUCACAUACACCAUCACGACGUUUUAUACCCUGGUCUCUAAAAUCUCGCAAACGUCAAACCUCCGAUCAAUCACACGACCAUGAACAACAACAACAACAUCAUCAUCAUCCAAGAGACAAGCGCCAUAGCGUUGAUAGCAUUGAACUUCGAGGGGAAACAUCCACAGCACUCGAUGAAGAAUUGACUACCAAAGGACGUAUGCUUCUUGGCAAAAAGUACAAUGGACCCAUUUAUGCAUUCGCAGCUGGCCCAAGUAAACCUCCCAGCAAAGGACGCAAAGUCAAAGUCAAUGGAGGCAUAGACUAG